AGUAUAGCACCUGGCACAUACAUAGAGCUUAAUAAUUGUUUGUUGACUGAGUCUCCAGAAGUUUCCAAUAGAGUUCUGGCAUAUAGAUCAAGGGAAGUCUCUAAAGGUCAUAUACUCCAAUUCCUGACACACAAACAUAACAUUGAUUAAAGACGGGGGAGGGGAGGGAACGUGCACUAAUUAGCAUCACUUUAGCAAAUCCAAAAAGUUUUUUUAAAUAGAAAGAUGUAAAAACAAGCACAGUCUAUCAACUUUGACAUAUUGCUAGAUACAGAGAAUAGAUGUUUCAAAGCAGGUACAAAUCUUUUAACAGAAAUUCUAGCAUUGAAUUAUCUAUGCAGAUGACUCAUAGAUUUGCCUGUAUCUGGUUAAGUCAUAUACCUUGUCAGUGCCCUGCACAGCUCUGAAAUACGAAAUUACAGAUUCGAUAUUUAAGUACAUCAGCGGAGGUAAUUCACAUACGGGGAGUUCCCUGUCCUCACCGCCACCCCCUUCCAAAGAAAUACAGUGACUCUAGUAAGCUGACUCCCUUUAAUGGGCUAGUCCCAGAACUUAUAAACUGAGUUUAUUAAAAAAAAAAAAAAAAAAAAAAGACUUCUGAGCCCUCAUUAGCCGUGGCCUCUACGCCCUAGCUGCACCCUAAGAGCGGCCCCCCAAGGGACGUGGGAUGGGGGGACGAAGGGAGAAAGAGAAGAAGGGGAGAGAAACAAGAUCUCGGAGGAGCCCGACUAGCAGGGCAGACGCACAGCCAGCCCGGACUCCCCUAGUAACCUGAACCAGUAGAGGAGGCGGCCCCGCCCCUGCUGAAGCGUCCCUGUUGUCCUGGAAACCAUGGCUGUCCUUUCCCCAGAGCAUGUGUGAAUGUUUUCCCCCCUCCCCCAGGGACGGCACAACGAGCACCAGAUUAGCCAUCAGAAUCUAGCUGAGACUGGGGAGGGGGGAGAAACUUCAGAAUUACGUCACAAUCUCCUCGGCUUACGCAGUAAGUGACCCUACGAACAGACCCCGGAACCAAGGCAGGGGACCUGCACCGACGGAGAGACCAGCGAUGACGUCAGCAUGAGCUAGAGAGAGGAGUUCACCAUCAGAAUUAACAAGAGAGCUACCAACCAGAAUGACAAAAGAUUGAGAAGCUCAUAUCUAACAAAGAUGGAAGAGAAAGAGGACCUUGCGGUGACCAGCAAAGAGGAGGUAAAGGUGCAGCAUAAUCCACCAACACGUACUACUUUAGUUCAUAAUUCAAAUAUAAUGGAAAAGUAUGAAAAACUUGGUAAAAUUGGAGAAGGAUCUUAUGGUGUUGUAUUCAAGUGCAGAAAUAAAAGCUCCGGACAAGUUGUGGCCAUUAAAAAAUUUGUGGAAUCUGAGGAUGAUCCCAUUGUUAAGAAGAUAGCAUUAAGAGAAAUACGUUUAUUGAAGCAACUAAAGCAUGCUAACCUUGUGAACCUCAUUGAAGUGUUCCGAAGAAAGCGGAAAAUGCACUUGGUUUUUGAAUACUGUGAUCAUACACUUUUGAAUGAGCUGGAGAGAAAUCCAAAUGGAGUUGCUGACCGUAUGCUCAAAAGUGUUUUGUGGCAAACACUUCAAGCUCUCAGUUUCUGCCACAAACAUAAUUGUAUUCACAGGGAUGUAAAACCUGAAAACAUUCUGAUAACAAAACAAGGGAUGAUCAAGAUCUGUGACUUUGGAUUUGCUCGACUUCUGAGUCCAGGAGAUGUCUAUACAGAUUAUGUUGCCACAAGGUGGUACAGAGCUCCAGAACUUCUGGUAGGAGAUACGCAAUAUGGUCCUACAGUAGAUGUGUGGGCUGUUGGCUGUGUUUUUGCUGAAUUGCUGACUGGCCGGCCCCUCUGGCCUGGAAAAUCAGAUGUGGAUCAACUCUAUCUGAUCAUCAAAACUCUGGGAAAACUAAUUCCGAGGCACCAGUCCAUCUUUAAAAGCAACCAGUUUUUCCAUGGCAUAAAUCUACCAGAACCAGAAAAUAUGGAAACACUUGAGGAAAAAUUUCCUCAAACUCCUCCAGUGGCUUUGAACUUUAUGAAGAGUUGCUUGAAGAUGAAUCCAGAUGAUAGACUAAAUUGUGCACAGCUCUUAGAGAGCCCUUAUUUUGAAUCUUUUCGAGAAAGUCAAGUUAAAAGAAAAUCACGUAGUGAAGGAAAGAACAGAAGACGAUCACAAGUACCUACCCAGAAUCAGCUGUUGCCUCUCAUACCGGGAAGCCACAACACCCCCACACCUGAUGGAAGAAGACAGGUCCUCCAAUUAAAAUUUGAUCAUCUUCCAAACAUUUAAGAAAACUUUCAAGUAAAAAGCAAUCUAACAUGUACAAAAUUCUCUAUGCUCUAAAGAGGAAUUCUCAGUGUUUCAAAUGCAAAUAAGCCAUGUGAAAAUUAAGAUGCCUUCUGGGCUUACUCUGAUCAUUGUUGAUUCCUUUCCAUUUUUUUUUCUUCAAAUGCCAACUUUUAUAUUUUCUUUAUGUAAUAAAGCCUGGUGCUUCACUCCCAAAGGGGCCACUUGCAGAAAGCAUCAGAGCAGGCCCUGUCAUAGCAAUUUAUAUUGAGAAUUUGUGGGGGGUUCCUUUGAUUUUUUAAAAGAGUUUAUGAAUAUUAUCUCCUUAUAAUUAGCCACAUAUUGUCUUUAAAAUAUCCCAAAUAGUCUGCUUCAGCAAGGGGUGACAUUAGUUUUUACAUUUUAUUAAUGCAUUUGGGUUUGUUUAUUUUUUUUAAACAACUUUGUCACUUCCCACUGUCUCAUCCACACUACUCUAUAAAUAGAAUAAUAACAACAAUCAGUUAAGUAAAAUUACCCUACGGAACAGGAAGUCUUAACCUUAUGAAUCUCAUAGUCAGUCUAGU